AUGCUCCUGGCCUCGGCCGUGGUGGUCUGGGAAUGGCUGAACGAGCACGGGCGCUGGCGGCCCUACAGCCCCGCCGUGAGCCACCACAUCGAGGCGGCGGUGCGCGCCGGCCCGCGCGCGGGCGGCAGCGUGGUGCUGGGCCAGGUGGACCGCCGGCUCGCGCCCUACAUCAUCGACCUGCACUCCAUGAACCAGUUUCGCCAGGACACGGGGACCCUCCGGCCCGUCCGGCGCAACUACUACGACGCCGCCUCUGCGCCCGGGCAGGGCGUGGUGUGGGAGUGGGAGAACGACCGCGGCUCCUGGACGCCCUACGACAUGGACGUGGGCAUCACCAUCCAGCACGCCUUCGAGAAGCAGCGGCCCUGGAUCGACCUGAGCCCCAUCGGCUUCGGCUACGUCAUUGACUUCGGCACCAUGGGCCAGAUCAACCGGCAGACGCAGCGCCAGCGCCGCGUGCGCCGCCGCGUGGACCUGGUCUACCCGCUGGUCACGGGCGCCGCGGGCCGCGCCGCGUCCUGGCCGGCCGCCCCCGGGGCCGCCGCCGCCGCGGGGCCGCGCGCGCCGCCCUGCUCCUGCCCGCAGUGCGUCCUGGUGAGGAGCGUCAAGGCCGCGGCGCCGCCGGCCCCAGCCGCCCGCAGGAGCGCCGCCCCGCCCGCGGCCGUCAAGGGGCCGCCGCCCCAGGGCCCCGGGGCCACGCCGCCGGACAGCGCGGGCGCGGGACAGGGCCCCGGGAAGCCGGCCCCGUCGUCGCAGGCGAUCCGGAGACAAGCCUCCAGCGCGGCGGCAGGGGCGGGCCCCGCGGGCUGCCCCGCCAGCCCCCCGGGGGCCAACGGCAAGGCCGGCCAUGUGGCCCUGGCGACCUUGAAUCGGACCAGCCUGCAGCGACUGGCCCUCGCCCAGUCCCGGGUGCUGAUCGCCUCUGGGGUGCCCACUGUCCCCGUGAAGAACCUGAGUGGGUCCAGCCCCGUCAACCCCGCGCUGGCAGGAAUCACUGGGAUCCUCAUGAGCGCGGCAGGGCUGCCCGUGUGUCUCACCCGGCCACCAAAGCUGGUCCUUCACCCACCCCCCGUCAGCAAGAGUGAAAUAAAAUCCAUCCCCGGGGUUUCCAACACAAGCCGCAAGACCACCAAGAAGCAAGCCAAGAAAGGGAAAACCCCAGAAGAAGUGCUGAAGAAGUAUCUGCAGAAAGUGCGACAUCCACCAGACGAGGAUUGCACCAUCUGCAUGGAGCGUCUCAUGGCCCCGUCCGGCUACAAGGGCCCCCAGCCCACGGUCAAGCCGGACCUGGUGGGCAAGCUGUCCCGGUGCGGCCACGUCUACCACGUCUAUUGCUUGGUGGCCAUGUACAACAACGGCAACAAGGAUGGGAGUUUGCAGUGUCCGACCUGUAAGACCAUUUACGGGGUGAAGACGGGCACCCAGCCUCCAGGGAAGAUGGAGUACCACGUCAUCCCCCACUCCCUGCCUGGCCACCCGGACUGCAGAACCAUCCGGAUCAUCUACAGCAUCCCCCCCGGCAUCCAGGGGCCGGAACACCCAAAUCCUGGGAAAAGCUUCAGCGCCCGUGGCUUCCCUCGACAUUGUUACCUCCCAGACAGCGAGAAGGGGAGAAAGGUCCUGAAGCUGCUUCUCGUGGCCUGGGAUCGCCGCCUUAUCUUCGCCAUCGGGACGUCCAGCACCACGGGCGAGUCAGACACCGUCAUCUGGAAUGAAGUCCAUCACAAGACAGAGUUCGGCUCUAACCUCACUGGCCACGGCUACCCAGAUGCCAACUACCUGGAUAACGUGCUGGCCGAGCUGGCCGCCCAGGGCAUUUCCGAGGACAGCGCUGCCCAGGAGAAGGACUGA